AUGAAACCGAAACUCAGUCUGACAGACUAUGCAACACCAGCUUCGUCAGUAUCUGCUUUCUGUCGAGCAGUACUGCGAAGCUUAAUACCUCCCCAAUUUUAUGGCAUAGGUCAACAUAAGCUCAACAAUCAGCAUGUUGUCUUCAAACACGUCGAUCGAUUCGUGCGCAUGCGACGGUUUGAAAGCCUAAGCAUUCAUGAAAUCUGCAAGGGGAUUAAGAUAACAUGCAUACCAUGGCUUGAACCCCCGGCAGUCCACGACCAGAAUUCUCCAAAGAACAAAGUUUCAUUGUCUGAUUUACAAAAACGCACUGAAAUAUUACACGAAAUUAUCUACUACAUAUUCGACUCGAUUUUGAUACCUCUUGUACGGGCCAACUUUUACGUCACUGAAUCUCAAACCCACCGCAAUCGCUUAUUCUAUUUCCAGCACGAUGUCUGGCGUCACUUGACUGAGCAGCCCUUGGCUGACCUGAAGCUUUCUACAUUCGAGGAACUGAAGUCAGACAAGGCGGAGCGUAUGCUCGGUCGUAGGUCUCUGCCAUAUGGUACCUUGCGGCUCCUUCCAAAGUCAACGGGCAUUCGCCCAAUUCUGAAUCUACGACGAAGAAUGUUGGUAAACAACAAAUGGGCGGGAAGCAAAGGCCGCUUCUUUGGGCAAAGUGUCAACUCAACCAUCACCCCUAUCUAUGGCAUUUUGAACUACGAGAAGAUGCGGAAACAAGACGACCUAGGCUCGUGUUUAUUUUCUGUAGGAGAUAUUCAUUUGCGGCUCAAAGCCUUCAAAGAACGCCUGCUACUACAUUACCACGAAGCUGGCUCGUUGCCGGUCUUUUAUUUUGUCAAACUAGACAUCCAGUCUUGCUUCGAUACAAUACCUCAGGAUAAACUGGUCCGUCUCAUUGAGGACCUAGUAUCCGAAGAAGCGUAUCACUUCACCAGGCAUGUCGAAAUGCGCCCGCCAGAUGAAUUUGGUAGCAUGUGGCCGAUGCGCGAAGCAAGGCAGAGCAAAGCUUUCCGCAAGUUCGUGGCCAGAGCAGCACCUGCUGCGAGACCACAGCAUCUGACGGAAGCAAUCAAUAAUGGUGGAACUACCAACAGAAGGAACACGGUUUUUGUGGAUACGACGGGACAGAAAGAGUAUGAUACUGAGGAUUUGCUGGAUUUGCUCCACGAGCACGUCCGCAAUAAUCUGGUGAAACUUGGCAGGAAGUAUUUCCGCCAGCGUAAUGGUAUUCCCCAGGGCUCGGUGCUGUCUAGUAUUCUCUGCAACUUAUUCUAUGCAGAAAUGGAGCGCGAAGUUCUAGCGUUUCUACAGUCGGAUGAAACGCUGCUUCUGCGUCUUGUUGACGACUUUUUACUGGUCACCUCGAAUCCCGACCUUGCCAAGCGUUUCUUGGAAGUGAUGAUCAAAGGACAGCCUGCAUAUGGUGUCUCUGUCAACCCAGCCAAGAGCCUCGUCAAUUUCGCCGCAGCUGUGGACGGGACUCAUAUCCCUCGACUGGUUGACACUUCACUCUUCCCCUACUGCGGGAGCUUAAUUGAUACUCGCACUCUAGAAAUUCACAAAGAUCAUGAUCGCAUACUCGAAGGGGGCGACUCCGCUGCCGAGACCCUCGCUAACUCCCUGACCGUCGAGUCCGCACGAGUCCCGGGCCGUACGCUGCACCGGAAAUUGCUGACAUCCUUCAAGCUACUCAUGCAUCCUAUGUACCUGGACACAAAUCACAAUUCGCUUACGGUGGUCCUUUCAACUCUAUAUGCAAACUAUCUAACCACCGCUAUGAAGAUGUAUCAGUAUAUGAGAUCGCUUCGGGGUCGAGCGCACCCUUCGUCCGAGGUGAUCAUUCGGAUUGUCCGAGAUACAACACAGCUCGCACAUCGACUCGUUCAGGGCAAAAGAUGCUGGGGUCAGCGAGAUGCAACCAUGGAAUCUUCGUCGCCCUCUGUAUGCACUGUGCAGCAUUCACAAGUUCAGUAUCUCGCAGCAGCGGCGUUCCGGUUUGUGUUGAGCCGCAAACAAACACGAUACACUCUUGCGUUGCGCUGGUUAGAACUGGUGUUGAAAGGCAGUCGGCCAAGAUCGGAUGCGAAGGCUAAGCGACUAGCACAAGUAGUACAGAAGGGAAACUUGAUGUAUGGUAGCUGGAGGUUUUGA